UUCCCAACUUCCUUCUUUUGUUUUCCCUAGAAAGGAAACAAUUCCCCGUCUUCUAAGAGAGAGAGAAUUGAAAAGUUUGGGAUUUGACAGAGCAGUAGGAAUUGCCAGCUGAUAUACGUUGAUUUAGCAACUCAUUGCCAUUGUUUCAGAGUUUCGAUGCUUUCUCUGUAGAGAGAGAGAGAGUUGAAUGGAGAGAGAAGAGUCGGUCUGCUGGUUGAGGCGUUGCCCUUUUCUCCUGUACUCGAUCUUCAUCAGAACCUGAUUCUGUUCCCGAUCCGGAGACAAAAUAUGCAAGUAAGCAGAUAUGUAUUACUGAAUUGAGAAGAUCACUAAACAAUUCAAAGUAUGGGGUUUUGGACUCUCUUUGCCGCUGCUAGUGCACCAAUCCAGCAGGUCAUUCUCAUAGGUGGAUUGGGGGCCUUCUUGGCUACCAAAUUCUGCAAUGUCCUCACAGUUGAUGCUAGAAGACAUCUGAACAAGGUGGUGUUUACUGUCUUCACCCCUUCACUCAUGUUUGCGAGCCUUGCCCAGUCUGUGACCUUUGAUGACAUCAUUUCAUGGUGGUUCAUGCCCAUUAAUAUUGGACUAACUUUCUUGAUUGGAGGACUCCUGGGUUGGGCUGCUGUGAAGUUGUUGAAGCCGCCGCGCCAAUUGGAGGGCUUGAUAGUUGCUUGCUGCUCUUCAGGAAAUUUGGGAAAUUUGUUUCUGAUCAUUCUGCCUACGACGUGCAACGAGGAUGGUACCCCUUUUGGUGACUCCAGCAGCUGCGUCGCAGCAGGAAUGGCCUACUCUUCCUUCUCCAUGGCGUUGGGUGCCUUCUACAUAUGGACGUUCACCUUCCAUCUCAUGAGCUCCAUGGCCGUGUUAUACCGGGAAGUAAGGCCACAAGAGGCCUUCAUCAAGAUGCCUAACGCCCAGCUAGAUUCUGAAGCAGAGGCUCACCUUCUAAUGGCUACCCAAGACCUCAAGCCAGAGCAGUCGUCGGAGAGCGUCGUCAUCUCCAUUUCACUCCCUCCCUCCAUGGCUGCGGAAGGCAGUGAACAAAGCAUUAAUGCAAUAAACUCAUUAACUGAGAAGCUGGGCAGAGAUGAUGAGUGCCAGUUUUGGGAAAACACGAUGGGAUUUCUGGAGACGACUUUAGAGAAGCUAAUGGUGCCCCCCACAGCCGCAGCUAUCAUUGGUUUGGUGGUUGGUGCGAUUCCCAGUUUGAAAUCCCUAAUAAUUGGCGAUUUUGCUCGCUUGCAUGUGGUUCAACAGUCCAUUUCUUUGUUGGGAAAUGGGACUAUACCCUCAAUUAUGCUUAUACUAGGAGGGAAUCUCACUGAAGGUGUCAAGUCCGGGAUGAUAAAAGUGCCGGUGGUACUCGCAAUACUUUCCGUUCGCUACGUGAUCCUUCCGGUGAUCGGAAUCGCCACAGUGAGGUUUGCAGCGGCACUGGGAUUCUUGUCACCAGAUCCUCUGUAUCACUACAUUCUCAUGUUGCAGUUCACUGUUCCUCCGGCCAUGAACCUCAGUACAAUGGCUCAACUGAUCAAUGUCGGUGAACAAGAGUGUUCGGUCAUGCUUUUAUGGGCCUACUUGGUUGCAGCACUAGCAUUAACCGUUUGGUCAACCAUCUAUAUGUGGAUAUUGACAUAGAUCCUCCUGUUAAUCCCUCUCCUUGUCUGAGCCAAUUUAUGUUCUUAUAUUUAUAUUUUUAAUUGUUACUCAUUCUUUAACUAUGUACAUGUAUUUGAGUCAA